CAUAGCAACGACUAAUGGUUUCACUACUUCGAUUAUUGUCCAAGUUUUAAGUUUAAAAUUCUCAAAAUGUAUAAACUUGAUUUACCUGUGGAUAUGAAAGAAACUGCUGCAAUUCAAAGAAGGCGAAAUGCUGAACUUCAACGACAAAGCCGAAUAUUUAAUGCCCGUGUUCGCACAAUUGGGGUUGAUUUAGAUGGCUUAAAAAAUCAAGCUGCUGAACGAAAGGAAAGGGAGGAGACGGAGAGGCAACGCGAAGAAGCAUUUGCAAAUCAGACAAAUCGGAAUGACAAGAUAUGCGUGCUAUUAGAGAAGAGGCAAGAGAACGAUAUACGAGAGCUGAAUAAGUCUUUGAACGAUUACAGAAAAACAUUUCAAAGAAAGGAGGAUACGCGCGAAUUUGAUUUAAAUGACCCAGAUCAACUGAAGAAUGACAAACCAGCUCGUAUAUCAGAUGAUGAUCCUAGAUUAGGUAUUUCUAGUUUGCAGAAAUUCUCUGGAGAGGACCUUAACAGUAAGGAAAGGAAGCAAUUACAGCAAGAACAAGUGAGGGAAUGGUGCAAACAGCAAAUGAACGAAAGAAGUCAAGAGGAGGCAAAUAAUUCACAAGCUAACAGACUUUAUGAUUUGAAAGCAAGAGAGUUGGAUCAGAGAGCUGUUGAACUUGCUGAAUCCGAACGGCAGUGCAGAGAAGCAAUCAAUCUCGCAACUGCAAAAUACAAUGCCGCGUUGGCCAGGGAAACGAAGGCAAAGAAUGAGUUGAUUAAAACUCAAGAGCAAGAUGAUAAUUUCACAGAAAUGUCAAAUCACAUCUUUGGAGAUAUUCUGACGGAGAAUCCCGAUGUUGCUCAGAGUGCGUUUGGUCCACAUCGUGUUAUUCCUGAUCGAUGGAAGGGAAUGAGUCCUGCUCAAGUGAAUGAAAUACGAAAAACACAGCAUGAUCAGAUGUUAGAGAAACAGCGUCUCGAGGAGGAAGAAAAACGGAGACAAGAAGAAUGGGAAAGAUUACAACUUGCUCAAGCCAAAGCAGGAAUUUUAGCCGAACGAGAACAAGGGCGCGUGAAGAAACAAUUAAACAAGCAACUUAUAGAUGAGAAUACACGACUGGCUUCGGAACAGAGAAUCUACCAAAAUCAUCUCAACAAAGAAGUAUAUACCAAUCCACCAACAGCUGAUUUCUUCAUGCAGUUUAACACAAGCAGCAGAUGAACGUUAUGCAUGCAAUCUUGUAUUCCGAGUUGUAUUCCAUAUGAUGAUAGUAAAUAUUUGUCUGAUAAAUGACAACUUCGUAAUUAUACUAAAGGUUAUUGCAUGCAAUGGUCUGAUAUUUCAAAUUCUUUAUCUUUACGUGUAUAUGACUUUAUUAUAUCACAUUUGUGAUCGAUCUCUUACAUUUUUUUAACAACCUUUUACUCUUGCAAAAGAGUUGUAAAGCAAUUAGUUCACCACUUCGGCGUGAUAAAAAACAUCAUCUUACUGG